AUGGCAUCACAUAAACCCACGGUUGUCAUCGACAAUGGCACGGGCUAUACCAAAAUGGGUUACGCCGGCAAUGCCGAGCCGAGCUACAUCAUCCCGUCCACAAUCGCUGUGAGUGGCAACGACUCGAGCUCCGUGCGGAGUCGCCAGGGCAUUGACGAUCUGGAUUUCCACAUCGGCCACGACGCGCUGACGCACGCGUCGACGCACCAUGUGAAUUAUCCGAUUGCUCAGGGAAUUAUCCACAAUUGGGAUAAUAUGGAAAAGCUCUGGCAACGCUGUUUGUUCCAGCACAUGCGGUGCGAACCUGAGGAGCAUUAUAUGCUCUUGACGGAGCCGCCAUUGAACCCUCCAGAGAACCGGGAAGCUACGGCUGAGAUCAUGUUCGAGACGUUUAAUGUACCAGGGUUAUACAUUGCUGUCCAAGCUGUGUUGGCUCUCUAUGCCUCGUGGCCCAAGAUUAAAGACCCGAGUCAACGGUCGCUUACAGGCACCGUCAUUGACUCAGGAGACGGCGUGACGCACGUCAUUCCAGUGGCUGAAGGGUACGUGAUUGGUAGCUGCAUCCGUCACAUUCCCCUGGCAGGACGUGAUGUGACGCAUUUCAUCCAAAAGAUGCUGCGUGAUCGUGGUGAACUUGUGCCACCGGAAGAGUCACUGGAAGUUGCUAAGCGCGUGAAAGAAGCGCAUAGUUACGUGUGCUCGGACCUUGUCAAGGAGUUUAAAAAGUACGAUGCCAAGCCGGACAAGUUCUUUUUGAAGUACUCGGACUUGCACCCACGGACGAAGCAGCCAUGGGAGAUUGACGUGGGCUACGAACGCUUCUUAGCUCCGGAGAUUUUCUUUAACCCCGAGAUCUUUUCGACGGACUUUACGACGCCAUUGCCAAACGUCGUGGACGAAGCGAUUUUGAAGUGCCCUAUCGAUACGCGUCGUGGACUGUACAAGAACAUUGUCUUGUCGGGCGGGAGCACCAUGUUCAAGGACUUUGGCCGUCGACUGCAGCGGGACAUCAAGCGCCUUGCAGACGACCGACAGGCAGCCAAUCUGGCUCUGCAUUCCAAGUUCCAGCAGGCUCAUGCGGAAGCUCUCGAGGUGAAUGUGCUCUCGCACCGCAUGCAGCGGUUUGCCGUGUGGUUUGGUGGCAGCAUGGUCGCCUCGACUCCAGACUUUUACCGGGUUUGCCACACGAAGGCUCAGUACGAGGAAGAGGGGCCGCGUAUUGCGCGCCACAAUCCCGUCUUCAAUGUCACCAUGUAA